AUGCCGAACGGGGAAGUUCUCGAUUCCGUGCGAGUCGACUUCUUCCGACCCGACAGCAAGGAGGCUCCCUCCAAAGGGCCACGAUGGGUCGAUGAUCCGACGUGGUGUGCAGAGGAUUGGAGAGCUGGCUCAGAUGCUGGUGCUGACCUUGUCACCGAGGAGCCGGAUCUUUUCAAGUCGGCAUUCAACAAGUCCCCGUGUGCUAUUGACAGCCCGACGAGCAGCGGGAGCUUGCAGCAAAUGGCCUCGAGGGUCACCUUCGACAACGCAGGCGGUGAUGACCUCUCGGAGCCCUUCUCCCCGAGCUCGAGUGCCGCGCGGAUGCCCCGCCAAGCCAGCGAGAUCACUCUUCACAAGGUCUGGAGUCCCGAGGAUGGCGUGCUCAGAAGUACCUCGGCUAAGCGGAUGAAGAGCAGCAACGAUCGCAAGCCCAACAGCAGAGGCAGGAGCAAUAUCAGGUCUGGGCAGGAGAUUCAGAACGAGUGUUGCUUGCACCACGUGGUGCAAAGGCCGAAUGGCUACUUCUGCCUUUUCUGGGACAUCGUCUGUACCGUGGCGAUCGCCCAUGACACGGUGAUGAUCCCUCUCCUGUCUGCCUUCCCGCUUAUUCAGCAAGAAGGCCUUCCCGAGAUCCUCGAAGCAGUUUCGGGCUGUGUCUGGAUGGUGGACAUCGUCGUCUCGUUCCUGCGGGGCUUUAUCGAUAUGCAAAGAGGCCUGGUGGAGAUGCGUCUGCAGAAAAUUGCCUACCGCUACGUCACCACCUGGUUCAUUCCAGACGCCGCAAUGGUCUUCCUAGAUGGUCUAUCGCUCUUCAUGGUGGAGCUGCGGCAGAUGGAGGCUCUGACGCUGCUCCGGCUCUUCCGGAACCUUCGGCUGGUCCGGCUUCUGAAGAUGACGAACCGCUUCCGGCUGCUUAAGGAUGUGAUCACGAGCAUGGGCUACGGCUCCGAGGGGACCUCGGUCUUCGUGGAGACGGUGGUGGGCGUCCUGAAGCAUCUGGCCCUGAUCGCCUUGCUCUGCCACUUCACGGGCUGUGCUUGGCAUGCGAUCGGGGGUCUCACCGGUACGACAUGGGUGACGGUGCACACCACUUUGCGAGAGCAGGACAUCGGCAUCUUCAACCACAACUGGAUGUACCUCUACAUGACCUCUGUGCACUGGAGCCUCACGCAGUUUACGCCUGCUGCCAUGGAUGUUGUGGCGGUCAACGCGCUGGAGAGGGUGUUCUCAGUGGUGGUGACCCUUGCGGGACUCAUUGUCUUCAGCUUGUUCCUGGGCAGCAUCAACCAGAAUCUCGCCCGGCUGCGGAACCUCAACGCCCAGGAGAGGCUCCAGAACCGGCUUGUACGCCGCUAUGUAAGCGAGCGCCGGAUUUCGGUGGAGCUGGCGGCAGAGAUCCUGGCUUGGAUCAAGCAGCGCAGGCGUGGUAAGGCCAACAGCAAGAUUGUCUUCAGCGAUAUCAAGGCACUGGAGAACCUGCCGAGCAAGCUCUUGACUGAUCUGCAGCAGGAGGUUGGCAUACCUGUUCUGGAGUCCCACGCCAUGCUCAAGCACCUGGCUGGCCUGGGCUAUCAGGACGCGGUACGUCUCUGUUCGAAGGCAUUGAACGAGGUCAGCCGCGUGUUUGGCGAGGAGCUUUUCCACUCUGGAUCUAGCUCAGACAAGAUGUACUUCGUGCGCAGCGGGCGCCUGCACUACACCUGGGAACUGCGCCCGCAGGAGACCGAGGACGUCUUCCCACAGAGCCGUGUGGGCGAGGCUUCCCUGUGGCUGCAAGUGGAGUACUGCGGGCGCUUGGCCUGUGCGGACCACAGUGCCCAUCUCUUCUACUUGGACGCGGACAUCUUUCGCAAGGUUCUUUCCAAGAGCGAGCACAUGGAGGUACUCACGGUCUACGCCCGUCUCUUCAGCAAGCUCUUCCUGGCGCAGAAGGAGAUUGACAUGGCCUCCGACCUCUUCGGCGACGACAAGCAUGUGGCCACGCUUAUGCGGCGGUUGCGAGCCCUGCAGGUUGGAGUCAGUGUCCUCUUCACGGCCGACCGCCAUGUGCUCAACGCCAAGCCUGUCUUCCUCGCCUGGAAGGAAGUCGUCCAGGCGAAGCCACGACGGGCAGGUGGCUCGUGCUGGCCUUUCGGAGGUUGA